GAGACGCAAAUAGUAGAUUUGUAUUCGCUAAUUUUUAAUUUAUACAUAACACGUCGUCGGUCAUAAUUUUUGGCGUUGACAACUGACGACAGUCAUACGGUACGCGUUGCCUCUGACGGUGUGCUUUUGUUUUCUAUUUUUCGUGCUUUUAGGUACAUUUAACUUUUUACGAUUUUUAUCGGUGUUUUGAGUGGUGCAUUGUUUGUGAAGUGAAUAUUAAUAUUUCUUGUGCUUCUAGAAAUAUUUGAACAUAGUUCCUUUUUCUGAUUCAAAGAAACAUACAGUUACAGGCUUUUCAAUAUGGAAUCCAACAGUCCAAAAAGUCCAAGGAGUCCGCUAACCUACGAAAAAGUUGCGGAGGAGAAAGCUCCAAAAUCUCCAAAAUCUCCGAAAUCACCAAUGCGUCCGUUUCGUUUAAGAUUUCAUAGGAUGUUAAGCACCGGUAGUCUGAAAUCGGGCUCAACAUCUUCAACUCCAGCGUCUCCCAGUCCUGGAGCGAAAAGUCCGUUGGGAAAGUUCUACAGCUUCGACACCGAGUCGCUUGAUGCUGUCAAAAACGCGAAGUGCUCAAAAACAAAAUAUGGAACCACAAUGAAAAUUGUUAACAAAAAGAAGAAAAAUAAACAUCGACAAGGCUAUACAGAUUACACAAUGGAGGAUGAAGAUGAUGAAUGUUUCAAUCCAAAUGUCCCUUUGAUAAAAAUUACUCAAGAAGAAUGCGGAGAAAAUAGACCUGCAUCACUGAAUUCUCCGGCUAACGAAAGGUAA